AUGUCGGCCAGAGAUCCGGGGGCCUCUUCCAUCACCGUCGCAGUCAGAGUGCGUCCCUUCACGAUACGGGAAGCCGCCCAGGUUCAACGGACCGAUGGCGACACUGUCUUCCUGGGAGAUGGCUCUCUAGCCGCAGCGCCCACGCCAAAGCUCAAGUCUAGCGGUAUCCGAUCAAUCAUCAAGGUCGUAGACGACAGGUGCUUAGUCUUUGACCCGCCUGAAGACAGUCCCGUCCAGAAGUUCUCGAGAUCGGUUGUCCCGAACGGCAAAAAGGUCAAGGAUCAAGUCUUUGCCUUCGAUCGAGUCUUUGAUGAGACCAUUACACAAUCAGAAGUCUACGAGAGCACGACAAAGAACCUGCUGGAUAGCGUUCUCGACGGGUACAAUGCCACAGUCUUCGCAUACGGAGCCACGGGAUGCGGCAAGACGCACACGAUCACGGGUACCGCUCAGAUGCCCGGUAUCAUCUUCCUCACCAUGCAGGAAUUGUUUGAGAAGAUUGCAGAACGAAGCGACGAAAAGCGCACCGAAAUUUCCCUGUCGUACCUCGAAAUUUACAAUGAGACUAUCCGGGACUUGCUGGUGCCUGGUGGUAGCAAGCAGGGCUUGAUGCUUCGGGAAGAUGCUAAUCAAGCUGUGACCGUGCCUGGUCUCACCAGCCAUCACCCCAAGGAUGUACAAGAAGUCAUGGAUAUGAUUGUUCGUGGCAACGAGUACCGAACUGUCUCGCCGACAGCAGCAAACGCGACAUCUUCGAGAUCCCACGCCGUCCUUCAGAUCAAUGUAGCUCAGAAAGACCGGAACGCGGCUGUCAACGAGCCUCACACCAUGGCCACUCUCAGCAUCAUUGAUCUCGCAGGUAGCGAACGAGCCAGCGCCACCAAGAACAGAGGAGAGCGGUUGGUUGAGGGUGCCAACAUCAACAAAUCCCUAUUGGCUCUUGGUAGCUGCAUCAAUGCUCUGUGCGAUCCUCGCAAGAAGAACCACGUUCCCUACCGAAACAGCAAGUUGACCCGUCUACUCAAAUUCUCGCUAGGCGGAAACUGCAAGACAGUCAUGAUUGUGUGUGUCAGUCCUUCCAGCGCACACUUUGACGAAACGCAAAAUACUCUACGAUACGCCAACCGAGCCAAGAAUAUUCAAACCAAGGUCACAAGGAAUGUGUUUAAUGUCAAUCGCCAUGUCAAGGACUUCUUGGUCAAGAUUGAUGAGCAGAUGAAUCUCAUCAAUGAACUGAAGGCACAGCAAAAGGAUGCUGAGCGACUGGCAUUUGUCAAAUUCCAGAAGCAACUCGAGAAGAGAGGUUCGGCGGCAAGCGAGGGAGUCCAGCGUAUUCGUACGGCUUAUCAGAACGCCGAGGCCGAACGACAAGACAAGGUCGCACACAUGAAGAAACAGCGAGCGAUUGAGAGACGGAUUGGUUUGCUAUCAUCUUGGAUAGCUGCAUUUGACUCUAUUUGCGAUGCAAGAGAGGACGAAGAUUGCAUGCCGGUAAAUCUUGUGGCCAUGCGCAAGACCGCCCAAGGUAUUUUGGUCGAACUUGAACACAGUCGCCACCACAUUCAUCAAAAGUUGGAGAAGACCAAUUGGGAGAGAGCUAUUGACUCUGCUCUUCAGCACAGCAUCAACCAACUUCCGAGCGGUGACGGCUGUGCAGACACUGGAGAGGUCGCCUCUCUCCAAAGAGAAGCCGAGCUAUUAAAGUCUCAAUUUGCCCGCGAGGCCUAUCGCGAGGUGCUUGAGCAGGAUAAGGCUGGAGACGCUGGCAUGAUGCAAGUGUUGCUAACUGCACAAUUCGAUAUACUUGCAUCCCUAGCAGAAACGACUGACAUGAAUGCCGAUGAAGCUGUCGCUCAUGCAAAGACGUUCAUCAACAGGCUGCUGGAUACCGGCUGUUCGGCAGCUUCACACAUUAUCAAACCUGAGGGCGGCAAGGUGCCCGUUGAAAAGUUUGCUCCCUCCAAGCGAGGUACACCCAAGAGGAAGAAGGCAGUCAACGUCAUGAUUGACGGAGUCAAGCCGAUCCCCAACCCAGCUCUAGCUGCAGUUGUAUCAGAGCAGUCACAGCUGCUUGUUUCUCCGGCCAAGGGCUCGCCACGGCGUAGCCGUAGGGUUCAAAAUGGGCGGAAAAGUAUUGCUUUCACGCCCGUAAAGAAAAAGUCUCGCGUGGUGCGAUGGCGUGAUGACGAAUCCGAGUCUGGCACGAUAGCAGAUUACGAGAAAACACCCAAGAAGUAUCCAUCAUUGUCACCCCAAAAGUCGCCCGAGAAAUCAACAGAGCUCCCUCCCCUCCCCUCCUACCUCAAGGAGGAUUCCGCAGAGGAAUCUAGUCCGUCUCUCAUUGCACCAGAAGCCACCUCUAUGCCUCUUCCCAAGCCGAGCCGCUUCCAGGCAGGCUUCUUGUCCAAGACCCGAACAUCCAUUCCCGGCCCUGGCGGCUCCCCAGUUGCUCCUACACUCUCACUCAACCUCACAGCUUCAGAUGAUGACCAGACGAGCCCAUUGCGAAACCUGGAAAACUCGCGAACUGCCAAUAGCCGAUCGCCGUCAGGACGCAUGUCUCUCAGCCCGAAACCAUCGUUUUACUCACCCACCAGCAUACCAAAGCCAAAGUCCAUUGCCGUCGAUGAGAACCAGCCGCCCUACAACUCUAACUCGGACUCGGAAGGCCCCAGCUCCUUGAUCGACCAGGCGAAACUGAGAUCCGCGCUCCAUGCCACCAAACGCCGCGACAGACUUUCGUCACUCGGCACCGCUCCAUCGGGUGCAAGACGAGUGAGUUCUAUUGGAUCGUACCGCGUCUCCUCCAUUGGUAGCACCAGCCACAAAAGUGCAAGCUCACAUCACUCCGGCGCCACGGCCAGCACCACUAACGGGAUCUCCAGAAUGAGACGUAUUAGCGGAGAUCGAGAGAAGAGUCCACCCAUCAGUUGUUCGCCAUCUCACCUGCCAAUUGACGGUGUCCGGUCAUUCACGCCUGGUCAAGCACGACGGAUGGGCAUCGGCGGAAGCGUAAGAGGUACCGCCACUCCGGAACGCGUAGAAAAGGGCUCCAAGAAUCGCAGGAUAACUAUUGGCGGUUCUGCGAUGCAUUCCCAAUCUGCGGCAAAGAGGGGAAAUGUGGUUUGGCGAUAA